AAAACUAUAAUUUGUGGGUUACAAAUUAUGUUCUCAAUUUUCCUUUCUUUGGUCUUUUGUUCAUGCGGUAUAUUUAUCCGCAAAUUUUGGACUCUGUGUUUAUUGAAUCACUCCGUCAUGUUGAUUAUGUUUACCUUCGGAAACAUGAAGGUGAAAAUGAUUUGCGUCCCCCAUACGCUCCAGCUUUAGAACGUUACGAGUAUAGUUAUGAUUGGAUGGAAAUGUUCCAAUAUCUCAAGCGAUCAUUUGUUUAUCCGAUAGCCAGUGCGUACACAUUGGUGCGCUCUUUAGGAUACAAACCUGCCAUUACCGUGGGCGUAUUGAUGUACAUUACCCCUGGCACAAAACCACUCGCCAUAUUUAUUCUUGAAAAUUUAUUUUCUUCAAGAGCCUUGAUGCGUGAAUUAUUAGAGCCCUACUUUGGUAGGAUCCACUUUGAGACCAAAGUAAGACGGAGAUGGUUCGAAGAAAGAGAAGGAAUAUUGUUUGGUUUUUCUAUUGCCUUCUAUCAACUAGUAAAAUUACCUUUGAUCGGAAUGCUAUUUUAUGGUGUUGCUCAGGCUGCUGCCGCUUUAGUGCUUGUCAAAACCACCGAACCUCCACCGCCUCCAGAUCUUCUUUCGACUUAUAGAAUAGAUUAUCGUUACAGAGAUCCUAGGGAAAAGAAAAUACAUAAAGAAUGA